AUGUGGUACUGUGCGUGUAUGUGUGCGCUCUGCCCGUCUCCUCCCCCCCCCCCCCCAUCUCCCCAUCACGCGCCCAGCUUCUUCAACUUCGAUGCCACGUGUCGCCCGGCUGCUGGGUUCGCCCUGGGCCUCUCGCCCCUCUACAAGGACUACUGGAACGCCGGCCAGGCUGUCCGUAACGUGAGCUUCAAGGCAGCCAACCGCAUGUGGAUACCUGGAGACACCUUCCCCUACCUCGGCGGGUCCACCAUAGCAACAGGCGCAGUGUCCCCGUUCCUCAUGCUGCGGGACACAGACGGCUCGCUCACCGGCACAGCCCCCGGCUCUCUCAAAGAGGGCGGCUACGCCAUCGCCAACGUCUCCUUCCUGCUACCGCCCGCAAAGAUCAAGGGAGCGCCAGUGUGCACGCCCAUGAAGGCGUGGAACGGGUAUGCUUGCCCCAAGGCGUGCUACCGCAGCGUGGCCAUCUCGUACUUUGAGCCGGGCUUCUCGCCCAUCAAUGACUCGCCUGACCCCCGGAAGAGAGGCUCCUUCAGGCGCAUCACAUAUGUCGCGGUAAAAUAUGUGCGCUGCACCUUCACCAAUCCCUUCACCAAUCCCUUCAACAAUCCCUUCACCAAUCCCUUCACCAAUCCCUUCACCAAUCCCUUCACCAAUCCCUUCACCAAUCCCUUCACCAAUCGCUUCACCAAUCCCUUCACCAAUCCCUUCACCAAUCCCUUCACCAAUCCCUUCACCAAUCCCUUCACCAAUCCCUUCACCAAUCCCUUCACCAAUCCCUUUACCAAUCGCUUCCCCCUCUACUUGGAGAUAGUGAGAGUGGAGGACAAGGCAUCGUUUGCCCUGGACGGCAAUCUCAACGUGCGCUACAUGAACGUGCACGACACUACGCUCCGAUACUUCUAUCCCAACUUACUUGCAGGCAUGACGUACGAGAUCACCAUCCGCUCCCCCAACGGCUCCGCCUGGGUGCCCUCCUACAUCACCGCGGCGUUCCAGGACGGCAUCAGCUGUGGGCAGGGGCUCACCCUGCGUGUGCUGCCGCUGGGGCACGGGGGGACAGGGGUGACACGGCAGCUGCUGGUGGGCAAGGAAUCCAGCUCCGUGGGUGCACUGCCCAUACCAGGCAACCCUAUCCCGGGCAACAGAGCGCUCUACAGCUUUGCCUGUGCGUCCAUUGCACCUGUGCCCGCGCUCACCCUCACCAUGGGAGGAAACUUCUCCGAUAUCGCCUACCUCAUCCCCAUCGCUGACACGGCUGCUGCCUCCUCCUGCACAUCUACCUUCAUGUUAACCCAGCAGCGCAGCAUCCUGUUCGCAGGCAGCGAGUGGCUGUACGACGACUCGGGGCUGGACUUCUUCCCGCGCCCCUACUCCGGUGCACGCACCUUCUUCUCGCCCACGCCCCUGCUCACCCCGCCUGUCACCGGCCCCAAGAAGACCCCCUCCCUGCCCCGCUCCAUCGACCCCCCCGGCACAUGGCGCAGCGGCAAGGGCCCGCUGGGCUGGUAUGCCAACUCGGCAAGGGCCCUCUGGCUGGGCUGGUAUGCCAACUGUUCGUACCUUAGUUCUGAGGCGCCUCAACUGCGCCUCAGUGCGACGGUGACUUUUGAGUCGACUCAAAACGCACCUCCCGCCCCCUCGCACUCCCUUCUCUCCUUCCCAUUCCAUCCCCCGCCCGCCCCCUCCCGUCAUCCCCCACCCUCAGGGGACAAUCCCGCCAUAGCAACAGUGCUCGCCCCGGUGUCUCCCUCGCGCGUGGUGUACUAUUUCCGCACCAACUUCACCGUCACCAACACCAAGUGCUACACGGCUCUGCGCAUGGACCUGCUGGUCAGCGAUGGCGCCGUUGUGUACAUCAACGGAGUCGAGGCUUUCCGCACCAACCUGCCUGAUGGGCCGCUCACUAACACCUCCCUUGUGCGUGCCUCCCUCGCUCUCUAA